AUGUUGAAGCUCGGUAUACUCAUCUUGGGCGCUCUUGCAGCAACAAGUGCAGCACAUCCCCAGAAUGCUCCUGCAGCCCAUGUGAAUGCACGAAGCACUACUACUUGCUCUGCUGGCGACAGCUCUACCACCGAUGGAGUGCAGGCAAUUCUUGAUUCUAGCGGUGCUAUUGACUGGCUAGAUAUCAUGCUCGGUAGCCUGUCAAAUGGUGAAAGCGACUGGGUUGACUCUCUCUGGGAAGUUGUUUUUCCUGGCGAGGGCACCUCUCCCUUGACUGGGUGCGGAGACAUUGGUAGUGAUUGUGAUCCAUCCUCCAUGUGCUCAGCAUAUUCCUCUGAAAUGGCAUACUGGGUCUUUCGAUCGGUUGGCAUGCUGCAUAGCAAAGUCAAUGUUGUCCACGACAAGCUUCUUUGGACUGGCUGGCUAGCUGGGUUGUCGAUUGAUCAGAUUUCCAAGGACUUUUCAUCUGUGUCUCCCGAUCAGACGUGGGCGAAGUGGAUUUCCGCAGCUUUUAGUAUGGCAGGUGGAAUUGCGACCGGUAUUGACCUGAGCAAGCCUCUUCGUGGAAUGGUUGGAUUCGCUGCUGCUGGAUUGACUGACGUGAGUAUGACAAACACCGGAGGUGACAGUGUUGAUGCGACUUCAGUGGAGAAUACGCUGAAGAACAUCGUUGGUGCUGCGGGUAACUAUGUCUCCAGUAUCCUGCAGAACGCGACUGGAAAUGGCGACUCUACGGCGCUUCCCAUCUAUACGACGACUACGUAUGAGCACGGCACUGCCCGCUUCUUUGCAGACAGUACGAUUUUAGUCGAUGAGAACAAGGACAAUUCAUCCUUCGUCGCAGCCUACGAUAACUUUGCGGACAAUAUCCUGACUUUUGGACAAAAGGAGAAAAAGCUCGUCGAUGUCGCGAUGAAGACGGCUUGGUAUGUUUUGGUAGGAGAAGAGAACACAAACGAAAGUGGCUGCACUAUGACCGGAGCAUACUGGCUUGAAGCAAAAGAUGGUGAAUACCGUUGCUUUUAUCUGUCCAGACCAGCGAAUGAUCAUAAUUGCAACGAUGGAAACCCCUCCACGUGUGUCUCCGACGCCUGGCAAACCCCAUACGGUGGAGCCAACAAUCAGAUGGAUAGCAGUGUCUAUACCAAACUGACAGACACAUAUGGCUUCGAUAUGAAGGCUUACUAUACCUCUCUAAUCGAUUGUUAUCUCAAUGGUAACGAUGAGGUUGAUGUGACCGUCACGACGAACAACGGCCAGAUUCCGCGUUGCUUCUACAGCGGAUAUGUUCGAAGUGGAUACUGGUACGAUGACGGAACACAACUGAGCAAUCUAUGGUUCACCGAUUUCUGA